AUGUGGAAGUGGAAGUGUAGGGAAUUCCAGUGAGUGCACUACUUUUUUGUCAGAUCACUCCAAACUGAAAAAAAUGGGGGAAUGACAGUAUAGUAAUAAAACUAUUACAGUGAGCAGUUUAACAAGAUGAUGUGGUUGUUGUGAUUAGAUUGCCAUCUUAAACCGAUUCAUUUGCACUUAAGUUUUGCAUGGUAACAAACUGUGUAUCUAACUUUUUUGCUUUGUUUAAGAAUUUUGGAGACAGAACAAAUAUCUUCGUGCCAAGAUGGUGUCUCUAAGGAAAAUGGCAGCAUUGAAGUGCUUGGUAACCUACAUACAGAGGUUUCCAAACCUCAAGAAAGAAGAAAAGUGCAUCAUCCCUCUUCAAGGUCAUCAACAGCAGGAUCCUCUCAACAAAAGCCUUGCAACACUAUUGACAAAUUUAUGCAACCAUCCUCUAGCAUUGGGUCUUUGGAUCUUCAGCCUUCCAGUUUGGGUCGCUCAGGGUCCUCGGGAAUUGCUGGGAUGACUGUUCCAAUCCGUUUGGAUGCUCUUUCAUAUUUGCUGAAUAAUGCACUUAUGGGUGCCUACAAAAUGCCUCCAUCUCCUUUCUACAGUGGGCAGUAUAUUCCAAAUAUGUGUCAACCGUGCCCUGUUGCUCAGAUGGGCUGCACACCUUAUGGCUCAUGUAUGAAUCAAUCACAUUGCUCAAUGUCUUGCAAUAAUCAGGCUGCCCAGCCUGGUUACAUGAUGUGUUAUAACCAACAAGGUCCUCAAAUAUGUCAACCUCAGACUUCGAAUUACAUGCCAUGUAUGAGUAACGCUGCAACAGGCUCCAGCACAAAUCAAUUUCCCAAACCACCUCAGAGCGGAAUGACCCAGUACUCUCCCAACCCAAGUUUUCAACAGGACAAUUCUGUAACUUUUCAGCAAGGAAUAAAUAACUGGCCUAAAAAGUCUAAUGACGAGUUUGUCACCAAUAUGAAUAAGAAUAGUUUUUCAGAAGGUGAACUUAACAGAGCCUCACCACAACGACGAUUUGGAGAUAGCUGGUCAGGGAGACAACAGAGAGAUUUUGGUAGAGGAAGGGGAAGAGCUGACUUUGCCAUUCGUUCCUGGCAGGGUAACACAAGAAGCCAAGACAGAGAAUGGCGAUUUGGAGACAGGUCCCGAAACAAUGAGUUUUCUGAUAAAAGAGGCGUAGGAAGCCCAGACAGAUCCCCUGGCAGAGGACAAUAUUCUAAACGUGGCCGUUGGUCUGGAGGAAGAGAUAGAGGUGGAGAAAACAGAGAUACUUGGCAGCAAAGAAAUCGACAGGAUGAUACCCCUUUGUGGUCUGACUCCUUUGCUACACAAGGCAGAUCCAGUUCAUGUCUGGAUGUAAAUCCUCAACAUCAGGCUGACAAGAGUGAUGCAGGAGAUGAAGAUUGGGAGACUGACUAUACUGAUGAGAGAACAUCUAAACUUAAAACAGAAGAGUCGUCAACUCCAAGUGGAUUGAAUUCCAGCACAUCUGUGGUAUCUUCGCUUACAAGUGACUAUGUGACAUCCAAAGGCAUAAAGUCACCACAAAAUCAGAGUUCACCAAAAGACUUUGAUCUUCUCAAACCAACAGAAGUGAAAGCUCCAAAAGAUGAAGAAUCCGCUGUUGAGGCUGACAAACCCCAGGGCACUGAUUUUGAUAAGUUCCUCAAGGGUUACAUUUCAGACAUGGUUUGCAGUAAGGUAGAUGGAAAUGGAGACUCCAGCUCUGAGCAGGUGGAAGUAGAAGAAAUUGAAGCCAAAAUUCCACAUGAGGAUGACAAUCCCUCCACCAUUGUUCUUCCAACAGAAGAAACAGUGAAUCGCCUUCAGCCUGUGCAAUCAAAUGAAGACGUCAGGGAAAAAGAUGUCUAUACAUUGGUGUUCUCUGUAGAAUCAGAAGAAAACAAGGAGAUUGUACUUGAGCUGGUGGAAGCCACAGACGGCUAA